UUACAUAAUAGCGCGCUCCUGGGCUCCGCCCGCCUCGCUCGGGAGGUGCGCGGGCUCCUCCGCCCAGAGAGCGGCUGGCGCGGCGCAGCGCGGCGAGUCUCGGGGCGGGCCGGGGGCGGCUCCGGUGCAGGGAAAGUUGCGCGGCCGGUCGGGUCGCUGAGCUCGGCGCCGGACAGCAGCGGAGCCCGCACCCCGGCCCGGAGUGGCCGGCGGCAGGAGGGCGCUUCGCGGGCCGCUGGCGAUGGAGCUCGAGGAGGGGGACGAGCUGGCCCGGCUCCGCUCCCUCUUCGUGGCCUGCGACGUGAGGGGCUCGGGGCGCAUCGAGCGGGCGGAGUUCGGCUCGCUGUGCGCCGAGCUGCGGGUGCGGCCGGCCGAGGCCGAGGCGAUCUUCCGGCGGCUCGACACGGACCGCGACGGGGCCAUCACCUUCCAGGAGUUCGCCCGCGGCUUCCGCGGGGCCAGCCAGCGGCCGCCGGGGCAGGACGAGGAGGAGGCGUGGGGCGCGGCGGGGCCCAACCAGCCCUGGCGGGAUUUCGAGCUGCGGCUCGGGAGCGAGGCCAGAUACGUCCCCAGGCAAGAGCAGGCUAGUGUUCUGUAUGCGAACAUCAGCUUAGUGGAACCAAGAUUAAUUCAGCCUUAUGAACAUGUUAUUAAAAACUUCAUCCAAGAGAUCAAACUUCAAAGCAUGGAGAUGGAAAGCUUGGCCAUAGCUGUAAAAAGAGCUCAGGAUAAAGCAGCAAUACAGCUCAGUGAGAUGGAGGAGGAGAUGGAUCAGCGGAUACAGGCUGCAGAACACAAAGUCAAGAAGGAAGAGAAGCGGAAAGCUGAAGAGGCAUUAAAUAAUCUCAAGCGUCAGUAUGAGAAUGAAGUUGGUGAACUUCAGGUGACAAUAAAAAAACUUAAAAAGCUGGAAGAACAGUCAAAGAACAUAAAUCACAGAGAAGAUUUGGCUGAAUUAAAAAAAAGAAUACACGAAUUGUCAUGGGAAAAUCAGAAACUUAAAAAAGAUCUUUUAGAAGCACAGACAAGUAUAGCUUUUCUUCAGAGUGAAUUAGAUACUUUGAAAAGUGAUUAUGCAGAUCAAAGUUUGAGCUCAGAAAGAGACCUGGAAAUGGUCCGAGAAUACACUGAAGACAGAGAGAGCCUGGAAAGACAAAUUGAAAUACUUCAAUCAGCUAACAGAAAACUACAUGACAGCAAUGAUGGUUUAAGGAGUGCACUAGAAAACAGUUUAAGCAAAUGCAACAGAUCACUGCGUCUAACAAACAUCUCCCCGGGAAAUACAAUUACUAGAAGCAGCCCCAAAUGUAAUGGUGGUCAGUCUCCUCAAAAUCCACGAUAUGACAGAUCAUCUCGUUCUUCCUAUGUGGAUGAAGAUGAGUGUUUAGCCCUUUGUGACCCUCUGCAAAGGAUAAACUGUGAUGCUGAUAGCUUGUCUGAAAGCUGCUUUGACAGUGGUUUGUCUACCUUGAGAGACUCAAACGAAUAUGAUUCAGAAGUGGAAUGGAGACAUCAAAGAAAUUUUCAAAGGCCACACUGUAUGCAGGACAGUUCUGGUGGUGAUGCUUCUGAUACAGAUGUUCCGGAGAUCAGGGAUGAAGAGGCUUAUAGCCCUGACAACAGCAGUAUAGCAGAAGACUGGAAAUCCUCCCAACCAGUCAGUCGAAGCAGCUCUAGUGCUUCAACAAGGAGGUGUCUCCCUGCCCUCUCUCCACAGACAGACACAAUAGACUGUAACCCGAAAUACCCUAAUUCAGAGAAGGCUUACAAGAUCGUUCUUGCUGGAGAUGCAGCAGUAGGGAAAUCCAGUUUCCUUAUGAGACUUUGCAAGAAUGAAUUUCGAGGAAACACCAGCGCAACUCUGGGAGUUGAUUUUCAAAUGAAAAGGCUUGUUGUUGAUGGAGAACCUACAGUGCUCCAGCUAUGGGACACAGCAGGACAGGAGAGAUUUCGAAGUAUUGCCAAGUCGUAUUUCAGAAGAGCAGAUGGCGUGUUACUGUUGUAUGAUGUGACAUGUGAAAAGAGUUUUCUUAAUGUACGAGAAUGGGUGGAUAUGAUUGCGGAUGCAACUCACGAGAAUAUUCCAAUCAUGAUGGUUGGUAACAAGGCAGAUCUUCGCCAAACAGUUUCAGAACAAGGACAAAAAUGUGUAUCAAUCAACUAUGGAGAAAAAUUGGCCAUGACUUAUAAUGCACUCUUUUGUGAAACAAGUGCUAAAGAUGGAUCUAAUAUUGUAGAAGCAGUUCUUCAUCUUGCUCGUGAAGUGCGAAAAAGAAGUGACAAUGAAGACACAGGGUCCGUAACCAACCUGGCUGAGCCAACUGUCAAAAAAUCGACACUAAUGAAGAACUGCUGUAAUAUAUAAUUAACAAAUUCCCUUUCUGCCCUAAAUAAUUUUACUUUUGUAUUUUUAUCACUUUUAAAAAUGAAGGACUUACAUGAGGUUGUUCUCCUUACUAUGGAUUUAUAUGUAUAUAGUAGUUGCAAAACUUGAGAAAUUCAGUUCCUACUUUCUGCUGCUCUGCACUUGUGCACUUGCCUUGCCUCACAGGCUGUGGUUUGAUCUCACUUAUAUCAGUGUAUGUCAAUAAAAUUAGAGAAAUUACAUUGGUUUAAAAAUGGUCUGAGAUCAGAAUCAAGGCUUCUACUUUUGCCGGGAAUUUAUGAUAGUCAGUACAGUACUGUAUUUUCAUUUCAUUCAUCUAGACAUUUCCUUAUAAAGUGAAAGAGGUUUCACAAACUGAAGACACUAUAAUAAUUUAUUUUAAACCCAGGAUAUUCAGAGCCCAGGGGAAAUUCCAUCGUUACUUCAUCUAAUUUUGCCUAGGACCGCAAAUGUAGGUCAAAUUAGACCUGUAUGAAAUAUUCACAACAAACCACCCAGCCACUUGAAAGUUACCUAGGUUUGUCCAGGUUUGUCAAAUUUUUGAACUUUUCAAGUGAGCUAGCUGAGUUUUGAGCAUACCUCGGCAAAUAUAUGGUGUUGCAUCUAUAAAGCAAAACUCAAGUCUGAUCCCACACAGAUCAAAACUGGAGGAAAUACUUGCAUGAAUCCUGCAAAGCAAAAAGACAAAUUAUAUACUGCUCUAACCUCAAGAGAGGUCACAGUAUCUGCAGGAUUUAGGAACACUGGGAUGAAUUAAUGAUACAUUUCCUGCCUGUUUAUAAAUGAGACUGUUACUAUUAUUAUAGGGGAAUGUGAAUUGUCCCUUCCUUCUUGUUCUUCAAAUGUUUGCCAUUGAUAUAUAUGACAAUUUAGACAGUUAAAGUGAAGGACUCUAAUAGUACAGAAGAGUCUGUAGUAAUCUGUUUUCUUAGUGAAUCUUUAGGCCUUAAACCACCUGUUAGCAGCUGUACAUGCACAAGACUCCAUAUUAAAUUUUUAUUAAAGGGAUCAGUCAGCAUGACCAUGAGCCACUUUCCAAAAAUCAGGCAAUACUGUUCCCAUCAAGGUAAGGCCGAGGAGACUCAACUCCACGCGAAGUCAGUGG